GUCUAAUCGGUCCAUAUUCUGUCUAAUACCUCCUGAAAGCCUUUUAACGGUAGAAUUCAUAGAGCGGCGCCGUUCCAGGAGAAUCCGGAAAUCAUAACCGGUGUCAUCUUUUCUCCUUUUUAAGGACAUUUUUAUUUAAAAAAUCCAUUAGUCAAUUAAUGGUUGCCGAUUUUACAAAGUCAUCUCUGUUGGCCUCAUUUUUAAAAACCAUCUUAUUCCCGCCUUUCAAAUUUUAACGGAAGUUCCGCCUCUCGUCUCUUUCUCCCCGGUUCAUGAAUGAAACCAGCAACGCCUCAUCCUUCUUUUUCCGCCCGGACCUUGAUGCUAUUUCCGGUUAAGAUUUGCCAGGCAAUUGGCGCACGUGACCUCUAUGUGAGCUGGAGGAAGAAGUCGAGUGAGUGACAGGAGAGGGUCCCGGGGAAGGAGUAGAGUUGGACUCGUGCAAUUCAGGAGGGCGGAGAUGCCGAGGGGCUACGGUAUCCCCCGUAAUGAACUGGGUCUGCGUUCAGGUUUGAUGAAGCAUCAUGGCACUGUCGCUGUCCUUGUGCCACAAUAUGCAGCACCAUUGUUUAUUCACUCUGAGGAGUUCAAGAACACAUGUGUAUGUAGUGCGGCCAUACUGUUUACCGACCUCCAAAAGGCCUGAGGCUAACACCUCCAUGGAAGUAGCUACAAGUCUUCUCCGUCGAUUAACAGAUGCUGGGAAAGUUUUGGGAAGAAAUACCCUUCAGACAAUCUCUGCAGCUGCCCAAAACUGGUGGAACAAAUAUGAGGAGUUUGUUGGACUCAGUGAAGUUCGAGAGGCUCAGGGAAAAGUGACAGAGGCUGAGAAAAAGUUUAUGGUCGCUCGAGGGAACGUACGAGAAGCCCGUGAAACCUGGGAAUCCCAGCAGGUCAAACUGAAGGAUAUUCGGGACCGUUUAGACCGAGUCUCGCGGGAUGACACCCAAUACCUGGAGCUGGCAACUCUGGAACACAGGUUACUACAGGAAGAGAAGAGGUUCCGGGCCACCUACUUAACCAACGAGGAAUCCGAGCGGGAAAUGUUCUCUCUCUUCUCUGCUGCAGUGAGGGAAAGCCACGAGAAAGAGCGGACGAGAGCCGAGAAAACAAAGAACUGGUCCAUUAUCGGCUCAGUUCUGGGGGCCGCUAUCGGAGUCCUGGGUUCCACAUAUGUCAAUCGUGUUAGGCUGCAGGAGUUGAAAGCUUUGGUCCUUGAAGCGCAGAAGGGGCCGAUCAGCCUUCAGGAAGCCAUCCGAGAACAGGCCUCCAGCCACGACUCCCAGCAGAGGGAUCUGAGCGAUCUCACUGCCAACCUGAAGAGCAUCCUGAACAUUGUGACUGUGACGUCGCAGGAAGCGAAGGAGGGGGCCAAAGGGGGCCUGAGCCCCUCGUUAAAAGCAGACCCUCUCCUAGCUUCAAUAAAAGAACAGCUGAGCCACUCCAAACAAAUGAAUUCGUUGCUCGGAAGUCUGCAACAGCAGCUGAGCAACCUGGAAAAGAAUUUUGGGGAAAUGGCUUCUAAGGUGCAGAACGCAGCUCAUCCCGUGCCUGGGGGAAGGGCAUUGCUCGGUCCCUCGGAGGAAGGGAGCAGUCAGUCCUGGCAGGUGCAAGAUGUGGUUUUGGAGCUUUGCAGUACCGAGAGGAGACUGGAAGCGCAAAUGAAGAGGAACUCCAUCUACAGCACAGCCUUCACGUGCACAGUCUUUGCCAUUGGGCUUCCCGUACUCUACGUACUCCUCAGGGGUAAUUAAGCCUCGGAAUCAUGUGUCGGAGACAUAAAAUAACAUUCCCUGAGUUCCGAUGGGUCCUUCUCGCAUAUUGCCCCAGCAUCGGUCGAGGAGUGCCGUUUAGUAAAGAGACAACAUGCAUUCCUCAAAGGGAAAAGAGAGGUCUACUCCAAACCCGUUUAGGGGAUUUCGCCAUUCACCGGGUCUGUUUCUUGGUGACGGUGCCCUGCUUUCCCGCUUCACAUGUGCAGUGUCUUCAGUGAGAAGCGCAGCUCCAGGAAGUAGCGCCAGCAAAAUCUUUCAUUCUGUAAGAGCUCCCAAACGAAUGGUACUUGAGAGUUUUCUGUGAAGCAGAAAGCUCCAUUUCAUGAUCUCCUGUUGAUUGUUUUCUGACAUUAAAAGAACCAAGUAGACAGUUGGA